AUGGUAAGUGGAGAAUCGAAAUGUAAAGGCAAAAUGAACUGUUUCCAUUUCAAUCAUGUCUUAAUUAAAAUCUAGGUGACAGGUUUAAUUAUUUUACCAAUUUUCCAAUUUUAAUACGGAACUGGUGUUGGUUGUUCUCUUUCCCCAUUUUCACUGAGAAGAGUUGAAAUUGGGUGUCUGUGAAGAACGGUUUGUUUCAGCCUCAACAAUUCUACAAGAUGAAUGUGCUACAGCGAAGACAAUUCAGCUUUGUAGCCUUUGUUUUCCAAUUUAUUUUUAUUUUGAUCUUCGCGAUCUUCGUAAGAUAUGACUUCAAUGCAAUGCCUCAGGGGAAAUCAAGCCAGAUAUAUGUUAACACCGAUUAUCCCAGUAAGCGCCCAAGAAAGAAUUUCUAAAAGAACACUGUUUUUGUCCAGAAAAUUGUCUUUUUUACAGUGUUCCAAGACAUUCAUGUAAUGGUGAUGGUCGGCUUUGGCUUCCUGAUGUCUUUCCUGAAGAGAUAUGGAUUUUCUUCAAUAUCAAUUAAUCUGUUGCUUUCUGCAUUCGUCAUGCAGUACGUGAUGAUCUUAAGGGGGUUCCUAAGUCAUGAUUUUGUAACGACCGGUAUGUUCAAAAUCUCAAUCACGGAGUAAGUUGCAAACACUUCCAAUUUCUUUUCUUUUUAGUUUAAUUCACGCUGAUCUCUCAUGCGUUGUAGUGCUAAUUAGUAUGGGAGUACUGCUUGGAAGGCUCACCCCGAUUCAAUUCCUCUUCUUGGCUUUUCUGGAGACCUCGUUCGCAACCUUGUUAGAACACAUCCUCUUUACGUUGCUUCACGUAAGUGCAAAUAUAGCUUCAAAAAUUUAACGCUUUAGAUUAAUGACAGCGGCAGAGCCCUUGUUGUCCAUUGUUUCGGUGCAUACUUCGGACUAACCGUGGCAAAGGUUUGCGAACGCUCGACAUUGUCCGAAACAGACACACAGGGCGGCUACUUGGAACAUUCAGAGCUUUUUUCAAUGAUAGGAACGUUGUUUCUCUGGAUCUUCUUUCCCAGUUUCAAUGGGGCGACUCAGAUUACCGAGGAUGCGCGUUACCGUGCAAUUAUGAACACAUAUUUGGCUAUGGCUUCGUGCACGUUGGUGACUUUUAUGACAUCCAGUUUGUCGGACCAAAUGGGAAGAUUCAACAUGUUACACAUUCAGUCUUCGACAUUAUCGGGUGGCGUAGCGAUCGGCUCUGUCGCAAAUGUUGUGUUAUAUCCGCAUCACGCUAUUCUGGUUGGCUCGCUGGCAGCCCUAGUCAGUGUCGUAGGGCACGUCUUUAUCACAGUAAGCCCUUUCCCUGGAACUUCGAUCUGUCCGCAUUUUUAGCCCAAACUGCUCGAGAAGCGUUUCCAAUUAUACGAUACCUGUGGAGUGCAUAAUCUUCAUGGACUUCCAAGUUUGAUUUCCGGCUUCUGUGGUGUUUAUCUUGUGCUACAUUACCAGCCUGAAGAAUAUGCGGAAAAGUUUGUUGCUUUUGGAAUUUCCCGAAUUUCUUCUUUAGUAUUCACACAAUAUACCCGUUUUGGAAAGGCGGAGACAUGCAAGGUGCUAACCGCGACAAAUAUGUUCAGGCGGGAUAUCAACUGAUUGGAAUGUUUAUUACCCUGGCAGUAGCGGUGUUCGGCGGAAUUAUUACAGGUUUGCCACACCCUAGGUUAUAUCUAAACUCCAAUUUUAGGGUUUAUCCUCAACCGGAAGAUACUAAACAAAGUGCAACUGAAUAUUCCAAGCUUCGCUGACACCAAUUACUAUGUUAACGCCAAGUUUUCCCUUCUUGGAAACGUGAGUAAAAAAGAAGAAAAGAAAAAAGAUUUUCAGUCGCGUGUUCAUGAACCGCUACCCCUUUAUCAUUCCAUGCAGACGGCUCGAAUUCGAACGGAAAGUGAACACCACAACGGCAUUCCGGCUGUCGUACCCACCCAGAAGAGGUUCUUCUAG